UAUUUCACAAUUCAUUGAAACACAUAUAGAUAUAUAUAGUUCCGAGAAGUACAAAAGAAAAUUAAAAAAGAAAAAGAGUAAUUUUCUUCUCUCCACCUUCAGCGAAUCAUGGCUGUUAGAAUUCUUUCGUCUCUCCGUUCAGUCUCUUCAUCUUCUGCUUCACCUUCUACUGGACUAUAUUGUAGAUGGGUUAGAAGUAUAAGCAGAAUUGGUGCUUCUGCUGCUGCUGAAGCUGAGCCUGUGACUCCACCAGUGCAAGUUGAUUAUAGUCAGCUUUUAAUUGAUGGAAAAUUUGUGGAUGCAGCUUCUGGAAAAACUUUUCCAAGCUUUGAUCCAAGAACAGGAGAAGUAAUAGCAAAUGUUGCCGAAGGUGACAAUGAAGAUGUUAACCGUGCGGUCUCUGCUGCACGCAAGGCGUUUGAUGAAGGACCAUGGCCAAAGAUGACAGCUUAUGAAAGAUCACGAAUACUAUUUCGCUUCGCUGAUUUAUUGGAGAAACACAAUGAUGAAGUUGCAGCAAUUGAAGCAUGGGACAGUGGAAAGCCUUAUGAACAAGCUGCAAAUGUCGAAAUUCCUAUGGUGGUUCGAGUGUUUCGAUAUUAUGCAGGUUGGGCAGAUAAAAUUCAUGGGCUAACUAUUCCAGCUGAUGGACAGCACCAUGUGCAGACCUUGCAUGAGCCUAUCGGUGUAACAGGGCAGAUUGUUCCAUGGAAUUUCCCGCUUCUUAUUUAUUCGUGGAAGGUUGCGCCGGCGUUAGCCUGUGGUAACACGGUUGUGUUGAAAACUGCAGAGCAAACACCACUCUCAGCCCUCUACGUAUCAAAAUUAUUACUUGAGGUAGGACUUCCUCCUGGUGUACUAAACAUCAUCUCCGGCUUCGGUCCGACUGCCGGUGCAGCUCUAUGUAGUCACACGAAUGUUGACAAGGUUGCUUUCACAGGAUCCACCGGCACUGGUAAGAUUGUUCUAGGACUUUCUGCACAAAGCAAUCUAAAGCCAGUAACACUGGAGCUUGGUGGAAAAUCUCCCUUCAUUGUUUGUAGCGACGCUGAUAUUGAUGUAGCUGUUGAGGCUGCUCAUUCUGCUUUGUUCUUUAACCAGGGCCAAUGUUGUUGUGCUGGUUCUCGCACAUUUGUACAUGAAAGCAUAUAUGAUGAGUUCGUGGAAAAAUCGAAAGCUCGCGCCCUCAAACGUGUAGUAGGAGACCCUUUCAGAAGAGGGGUUGAGCAAGGUCCUCAGAUUGAUUCUGUGCAAUUUGAGAAGAUCCUAAAAUACAUUAGAUCAGGAAUUGAAGAUGGUGCUAAACUUGAGUCUGGUGGUGAAAGAUUUGGCUCCAAAGGCUACUAUAUCAAACCCACUGUUUUCUCCAAUGUUCAGGACAACAUGUUGAUAGCAAAAGAUGAGAUCUUUGGUCCAGUACAAACAAUCUUGAAAUUUAGGGAUAUAGAGGAAGUGGUACAGAGGGCAAAUUCAACUUCUUAUGGCCUUGCUGCUGGAGUCUUUACAAAGUCCAUAGACACUGCUAACACAUUGAUGCGCGCGCUGCGAGUUGGGACAGUUUGGAUCAACUGUUAUGAUGUCUUCGAUGCGGCAAUACCUUUCGGCGGAUACAAGAUGAGUGGACAAGGGAGAGUGAGGGGAAUGUAUGGCCUUAGCAGCUACCUUCAAGUUAAAGCUGUUGUCAAUCCUUUGAAGAAUCCAGCAUGGUUGUAGUUUUGACAAUAUAACCAAAGUGACUAAUAAUGUUAUGAUUUUCUUAUGUGAAAAUGAACUAGUACCUCUAUUAAGUUCAUCUAAUUGAAUGGAAUAUCUUCC